AUAACCUUCAUACGUCAUUGAAAUGUCAAUUGGACAUUCGUUAUCAACCUUGUUGAUACGGCAGUGUCGGCAUACUAUUACAGCGAAAACUCGUAAAGUAACUUAUUUAAAAAUGGAACCUAAAAUAAAUUUAAAACAAGAUCCAGCUUUUACAAAACUUCAAGAGUUCUACAAUGCUAAUUCCGACAAAAUUAACAUCCAACAAUUAUUUCAACAAGACCCAGACCGCUUUAAUAAGUUCAGUCUACGGAUUCCAACUCCCAAUGACGGGGACAUCCUGCUAGACUACUCUAAGAACAGGGUGGAUGCUACUACCCUCGGAUUAUUGUUCCAGCUUGCCAAGAGUCGUGGUGUAGAACAAGCUAGGGAUGCUAUGUUUUCAGGUCAAAAGAUCAACUUCACAGAAGACCGGGCUGUGUUACAUGUUGCAUUACGUAACAGACAAAAUAGGCCUAUCCUAGUCAAUGGGAAGGAUGUCACACCAGACGUAAAUGCAGUACUGGCCCACAUGAAGGAGUUCUCAGGACAAGUUAUCAGUGGCAACUGGAAGGGGUACACAGGUAAACCAAUCACAGAUGUGAUCAACAUUGGCAUCGGAGGUUCAGAUCUCGGCCCCCUCAUGGUCACAGAGGCGCUGAAACCUUACGCUAAUCAUCUUAAGGUUCACUUUGUAUCCAACAUCGAUGGAACCCACAUCGCUGAGGUGCUCAAGCGGUUGAACCCAGAAACAGCUUUAUUCAUCAUUGCUUCGAAGACUUUCACAACCCAGGAGACCAUCACCAACGCGACCACAGCCAAGAAUUGGUUCCUUGAAGUCGCUAAAGAUCCGUCUGCAGUAUCAAAACAUUUCGUGGCGUUAUCGACUAACGGAGAUAAAGUGUCAGCGUUCGGCAUCGACCCCAAGAACAUGUUCGGAUUCUGGGAUUGGGUGGGAGGCAGGUACUCACUCUGGUCUGCCAUCGGCCUGUCCAUAUCUCUCCACGUGGGUUUCGAUAACUUCGAAAAGCUGCUAGAAGGCGCCAGCUUCAUGGAUAACCAUUUCACGACCGCUCCCUUGGAGAAAAACGCUCCAGUGAUCCUGGCACUGUUGGGUGUGUGGUACAGCAAUUUCUACGGAGCUGAGACCCACGCUCUUCUACCAUACGACCAGUAUUUACACAGAUUCGCAGCAUAUUUCCAACAAGGAGACAUGGAGAGUAACGGUAAAUACGUGACGCGGGGCGGUGAUCAAGUCCAGUACAACACUGGCCCCAUCGUGUGGGGCGAGCCCGGGACCAAUGGACAACACGCCUUCUACCAGCUCAUUCAUCAGGGUACUAGAUUGAUCCCGUGCGAUUUCAUUGCGCCUGCGCAGACACACAACCCGGUGUCAGGUGGUGUGCACCACAAGAUCCUGCUCGCCAACUUCCUGGCUCAAACCGAGGCGCUCAUGAAGGGGAAAACUUCGGACGAAGCUAAAGAGGAAUUAGAAAAGUCCGGUAUGGCACCAGAAGCGAUUUCAAAGAUCCUGCCACACAAGGUGUUCAAAGGCAAUCGCCCCACUAACUCCAUUGUUGUGAAAAAAGUUACCCCCUUCACCCUCGGAGCACUUAUUGCUAUGUAUGAACACAAGAUUUUCACCCAAGGAGUAAUCUGGGACAUCAACUCCUUCGAUCAGUGGGGAGUGGAGCUCGGGAAACAACUCGCUAAAGCCAUAGAGCCUGAACUUCAGGACUCGAAGCCUGUUACCUCUCAUGAUGGUUCCACUAACGGUCUCAUUAACUUCUUGAAGGAGAAUUUUGCUUAAUAAGAUUUAAUUUAUUUAGUGCUUGUAACAAUUUUAAUCUUUUAAAUUGUAUCCAGAUUUUUAAUAAAUAUUUAAUAUUAUAUACAUUUUUAAAUAAGAUUGUAAUAGAAAACUAUGAAAAGGUAAUUUGAUAAUCAAUGUUAUGAAAGUAUAUCCACUAUUUAAAAGGCUUUUUGUUAAAAAAAUCAUAUACUAUGCAAGACUAGUGUUGCAAUGUUGAAAAAUGAAAUUUUUGUUAAAGAUAUAUUUACGAAUGAAAGUAGGUUUUUGGGAAAGAGAUCUCUUAUGUUUG